UCAUUAAUAAAGCAAUUACCUGUAGGUUUUUAUGGUCGUCCUUACUUUUCUGCUUCUUCAUUUGCCAGACAACGUUGAGUACAGCUAUAAAAGGAACGAACUUGUUCCUGUCACAAACAUAUCCACUUUAUGUUGUGGUGUGCUUUGAUAGUUGCCAAGAUGUCAACAGUGAACCUCAGGUUGAUCUUAGCAAUAUUUCUGUCAGCAUCUUACAGUUUGUCACAAGUUAUCGAUAAUAACAGAAUAGAACGAUUAUGUCCUAAACCAGUUGGAGGAUGGUCUAUGCCAUGUGGCAUACAAUGUAACAACGAUAACGAAUGUCCUGCUGACAGGAAGUGCUGCAGACUUAACUCGUGCGCAUCAUAUUGUGCUGAACCGAUUUACGUCGAUCAGAAUGGUGUUAUCCCGAAAGAAAAAUUGUUAACAAGUGAAGAAAAUAGUUUUCAAAAUUUUGUCAAUUCAAAAGUAAAUCAGGCUCAAAUUAUAAAAACUGCUGUCGACGAAAAACAAGAGACUGAUUUGAAAAAUUUACCUCCACCAUUAAGCCUAUUUGAAUCUAACAGUAUAAGUGAUACUAGAAACGAAAUACCUAAUGUAGGUUGCUUUGAUGAAUGUGCCAAAAACGUUGAUUGUGAAUCAGGAUAUUCUUGUGCCAAGGCGGGAUGUCGUAAUGUCUGUAAACUUGAUAGUUUAGAUUUAUCGUCACCAAGUGUUAGUUCAGACUUAGUAUCACCAAGCGUUAGUUCACCAAGUGUCAGUGUAGACAUAACACCACCAAGUACUAGUUUAGACUUAACACCACCAAGUGUGAGUUUAGACGUAACAUCACCAAGUGUUAGUUUAGACUUACCAUCACCAAGUGUUGCAAGCCAAAUGCAAAACAUGGAUUUCAGAAUGAAUAGUCUAGAUUUUACAACACCAAGAUUUAUAAUGCAAAGGGAAGUUGGAGUUGAAACAGAGCAAUUUUCAAAUAUCCCUACAACCUCAGCAGAUCAGGUAGUAGACAGUCUUCAGAUAAAUGAUUUGACAAAGGAUGUGUGUAUAAAUGAAUGCUUUAACCAUUUCGACUGCAGAAAUGGAUUCUGUAUCAACAUUGGCUGUCACACGUUCUGCAAAUCCUCAAUUUAGACAGAUGCUUAAAUGUGAUGAUGAAAUCCUGAAGUUCUUUUACCGUUUUCCUACUUUAUGCUCAAUUUAUUUUUUUAAUUCUACCAAAGAAUUCUGGAAAUCAACAGUUAAGUGAACGUGAGAUUGUUUUCAUAUAUUUUCUGUCAAGUAUUUUUGUAUAUUUAGAUAAAAUAUUUAAAAAAAUCGAUAAUCAUUUUCAGGCCGAAAAAUCCUUAAGACAGUUUGCUACAGUGUAUCACUUUGCUGCAGUGAAUGUAUCACUUGAAAUGAUGACAAACGAGUACACACACUAACACUAUAUUCAAUUUAAACGAAUGCGUGUACAAAACAUUGUUGCUUUCAAAUUUUAUUUCAGUACCAUUCAAUACUGUUUUAUAAAUGGAACUAUAAUAGGUAUACAUGAAGUGUCAUUAUAUAUCGCGUGAAAAAAAUAGAAUUAUGCUUUGAAAAAAUAAAAUUUUCAAGGACGCCACACCAUAGAUGUUUUCCGAUUCAUUCUUUAAUAAGAUGAAGAGACUUGGCAUUUGAACUUAUUGUUUGUUUCCACAUGUUAUUUUCGGUACUUGAUAAUUGGCCAAUUAAUUUAAAAAAAAAUCACUACAGCUAAGUUUGUACUUUUAAUGUCGAUGUCAAGGAUUAUACAAACUACAACACAAAGAAACGCAAAAGAAAACACAAACAAAACAAAACAACUAUGACGCAUAAAGCUACACCAACGUAGAUGCAAACGUCUGCACUAACAACAAACACUAGUAAACCAAUAUUGAUCUGAAAUGGUCAUUUUGAUGUUAACAUCAUCUGAAAAGUCUGAACAAUAGAUAAUUCAGUCUUUUUUAGUCUUUCAGUCAAUUUUCAGACUUAUCCAAUGCGGUAAGUCAGUAUUGUUCAGACAAUUCGCUUGCAGUCAAUUCAGUACUUCAGACAAUAUAGUAUGAUGAUGAGAUGUACAGGUAGAUAUCAUCUACUUAACAGUCUAAAAAUAGAUUGAACAGAAAAGUGCUGAUUUAACCGCAGUGGAUGGUUCGGAAACUUGACUGAUAGACUGAAAAUUACUUGAUAAUAUAUUGUUACGUCUUUAAAGAGCUGUUCAGAUCAAAAUAACAGUUUCAGAUUAAAAUUCGUUUUUUUGUAAAAUAAAUUCAUCGGAAGAUGCCAAGACCUUGUUGAUAAAUAUCCCGUAUCAACUUCACAAAUAACACAUGAUGGUCUUGAUGUAUAGAUUCUAGGUAAUGACGUUGUUUAUCAUCUUAAUUACGUGUUAUAGUGUUCUUUUAUUUGUCUUUGUAAAUAAAUAACGUUUACUAUUUGGUCCAUUUUUGGUAAUAUCCUUUAGACGUGGCUCGGUACUUGUACAUCCCGCCAUUGUGUUGUUGUGCUGUUGUCAUUUUUUGUAUUCUUGUGUUUCAAUUUUGCGUAUGUGCUUUUUCUGUAUACCAUUUUGUUUUUCUUUGUUGACAUAUUUGUUUGUUUAUAUAGCGAGUGAGAUUAUAACACAGUGUUGACUGCAGUACCCGUAUGUUUGACAUUUUUACCUAAUGUCUGUUUGUUUUGUUCACACAUUAUUGUCAAUAUAAUGGCAUUUUAUGCGACUGUCAUAAAAGUAAGAGGUUUAGCUAGCUUUAAAACCAGGUUCAAUCCACCACUUUCUACAUAAGAAAGUGCCUGUGCCAAGUCAGGAACAUGACAGUUGUUUUUCAUUCGUUUGAUGUG